AUGGCGAUCGCCGUACAAGUGAAGUUGUUUUAUAGGAAGUUUUUUAAGGUCACUCACUGUCUCUUUGAUAUGGAUGGUACAGUAUUAAAUUCCGAAGUAAUGUACCAUAAAAUGAUUAAGCAGAUAUGCGACAGAUAUAACAAGAAAUACACGAACGAUUUACAAGUCAAGCUGUACGGAGAGACGGACAAGCAAAUAUCUGUCACUGUGGUUAAGGAGCUUAAAUUGCCGAUAUCAGCUGACGAAUUUGAAAAUCAUUUGAACAAUAUGGCGCAGAAACUGUUACCCAGUGCACCCUUGCAGAAAGGUGCUGAAAGACUGCUAACUCACCUACACGACCAUAAGAUACCGAUGGCGCUAGCCACCAACUCGACGGAGCAAGCGGUGCGGCUGCACGCCACCGCCAGGCCGAAGCUCUUUGGUUUAUUCCAUCAUAAGGUAAGCGUAACAGACUCCCAAGUUGUCCGGGGUAAACCACACCCAGAUAUCUAUCUGGUGGCCGCAGCCAGGUUCCCGGAUAAGCCGAAGCCGAAACAGUGUCUGGUGUUCGAAGACUCCACAGUCGGCGUGUUAGCAGCGAAGGAAGCUGGAAUGCAGGUUGUAAUGAUCCCGGAUGCACGUCUUGACCGCGAGCAAACCCGGCAGGCGACACUUGUCGUGAAAUCUUUGCUAGACUUUAAGCCAGAGAUGUUUGGUUUACCGCCUUUUGAUGAAACUCCCGCCCGAUCCAGUCAAUAUCUUGAGAAGAAUAAUGAUUAA